AUGUACAAUAUAGAAUCUAAAAUAACGGAUGAAGAAAGAUCAUUCGCUUCUCAACUUGCAGAUUUGAUCAAAGACGCUAUUAAUUUUGAUAUAUGUAAAGAGACUUAUGAUACUUUGAAUUAUACUGAUGCUAGUGUGAUUCCUGAUGCUGUUUUAGUUGAAGAUAAUACAGAAGAUGUUUCGGAAGUUAUGCAAGACGAUACAAAAUUUCGAGAAAUUGUAGACAUUGAUUAUAAGAAGAGGAACAAUUUAACAGUGCAUCUGAUCGAAGCCUACUGUUUGGGCUUCGACAUCCGGAAGCUGUGGUCCACAUACUGGACGCACAUUCUGACUAGCAGCGGACGACGCAUCGCAGCAGAGCAGCAUCCAGGAAGGCAUCAGGCGACGUCAACGUGUACAUCGCCGCCCCUGGACGAGAUAGCUAAUCGAGCUCUGACAGGACGACUUCGCUGGACGUCACCACCAAGACGACUCAGCAUCUUCUCCUUCCUUAAAAUGGACGGCUUGACAACAUUAAUUCGCGAGCGCGGCCAAUUGAAGGCCACUUUGACGCGUUUCGCGAACUUCUUUGACACAUCGGCGAGCGCGACUCCCAUAGACUCGUUAGAAAAACGUCUGAGAAUGAAUGAAGCGAUAUACUACAAAUUCGAGAGCAUUCAAUCAAAAAUAGAGUCAGCGGUUGCAGAAACCCAAGACGAGGCCAUGCAUGCGGCCUUUAGGGACACGUUCGAAACAACGUACUUCGACUUGAUGGCAAAGGUAGAAGGGUACAUUUCGAGAUCGCGCGCGUCCACUCAACCAUCGCCGUCGCCCAGCACAACGUCCGCGCCGACGGAAUUGCCAGCUACCCCGCGACUCCCCACUAUCGUGUUGCCAGAAUUCGAUGGCGAUUAUAAUAACUGGCUGCGGUUUCGCGACACGUUCGUCUCGUUGAUACACCAAAAUGUAUCACUGUGUAAUAUUCAGCGAUUCCAUUACUUAAAUUCGGCAUUAAAGGGGAGCGCGGCUCGAGUAAUUAGGUCAUUGGGUGUUUCUGAUGAGAAUUAUAGGCUAGCUUGGGAAACACUGAAGAAUAGAUACGAAGACCCUAAAUCGUUGAUAUACCACCACGGUAACGCUUUGCUGAACCUACAAUCGGUUCACAAGCAAACGCACACAACCCUUCGCGACUUGGUAGAUAACGCAAAUAACCACGUAUUAGCACUAGGCGCGUUAGGCCAGCCAACCAAACAUUGGGACACGUUGCUAGUCUUGAUUUUGUCGAGGAAAUUAGAUGUUGCGACACAAAGGGAAUGGGAAAAACGGUCCCUUAGAUUGACAGAAAUCGCAACGUUUCGAAACUUCGUAGAAUUUGUUGAAGAGCAGGCGAAAUAUCUUGAACGGGCCCCAGCAGGUAGACAGCCCGCAGGUAGCGAUUCGAGACCCUUGUACAAACCACCCGAUCACUCCAAGCCUCAACCCAGAACAGAUUACGUAGCCUCGCACGUUGCCAAUAUGCAAACUCAAUGCAUAUUGUGCAAACGUGAGCACUCGCUACAACAUUGCGAGAAACUGAAAGGUAUGCCUCAUUCGGAGAUGCAUACUACCGUGAAACAAUUACAAGUUUGUUUUAACUGCCUGCAACAAGGCCAUCAAAUUAAAAAUUGCACACGAGGCUCCUGUAGGAAAUGCGGGAAAAAGCACAACACGUUGUUACAUCGAGAUCAGGCCUCUGUUUCCGCUGGCUCAGAGCCUUUCGUUCGAAAUUCGGAAUCUGUCGCGCCCGUCCCAACACCCGCGACCUCCUGCGUCUCAAACUUAGCUAAUAACAUUGGCAACCAUGCAGUUUUAUCCACGGCCAUAGUUUACUUAGAAGAUAACAAGGGAACAAAACAUGAAUGUUGCGCGUUGUUAGACGCCGGAUCACAGGCCCAUUUCAUAACCGAGGCACUGUGCAAUCGAUUACGCCUUCCGCGCUCGAACAUUGAAAUGACGGUCGGCGGGUUAGGUAGAACGGUCAGCUCUACACGAUCGAGGGCACAGGUAGCCGUGUCAUCCAGACACAAUAAUUUUCGCGCUAACGUCUCAUGUCUCGUUCUAAAAACCAUCACCGAAGACAUGCCGAAUGUCCCGAUUGAUCGGACGAGCACAUCGUGCCCACCGGGGAUGCAAUUAGCUGAUCCAAACUUUGCCAAAUCAAAGCAAGUUGACCUGCUGAUAGGUGCAGGACUCUUCUGGCAGCUCCUGUGUAUCGGGCAGCAGAAGGCUGGAACAGAAGGCUUGAUUUGGCAAAAGACGAGAUUAGGUUGGGUUCUGGGAGGGCAGUUAAAUUCAACAGACCGUAGAACGCGAACUAGCAACUGUUACGUGAUCUCGAAUGAGCAGUUAGAUACUAGCCUGGCGCGAUUUUGGGAAUUAGAAAAUGUAACAUCAGACAAGGACGGACCGUUGACCGACGCGACGAACGACGCCGAACAACACUUUCGACGGACGACAAGACGCGACGAUGACGGCCGAUAUUUAGUGAGCAUUCCAUUUACAAACAGCAUCAACCAGUUAGGGGAUUCGAGAGCUCAAGCUGAAAAAAGAUUCGCAGCCAUUGAACGUAAACUAGCUCGGCAACCCGAUUUACGCCGAGAAUACGUUUCCUUCAUGCACGAGUAUGAACGACUUGGACAUAUGACUCGACGCGACACAGCGACAACUAGCACUACCCUUAGGUAUUACCUGCCGCAUCAUGCAGUUUUCAAGGCCUCUAGCACCACGACUCGGGUCAGAAUAGUUUUUGACGGGUCGGCAAAAACGUCCUCGGGCCUGUCAUUAAAUGACAUACAAUUAGUAGGGCGGACCGUACAAGACGACCUUUUUUCCAUCGUAGUUCGAUUCAGAAAGCACAAAUUUGUACUUUCGGCAGAUGUAGAGAAAAUGUAUCGACAAGUGCUCGUCCGACCAGAGGAUCGGAAGUACCAGUGUAUUCUUUGGCGUUCGUGUGUGGACGGUCCGAUCAACACGCACGAAUUGAAUACGGUGACAUACGGUACAUCUUCGGCCCCAUUUCUAGCCACUCGCGUCUUGCACCAGAUAGGAUUAGAAUGUGCAAAUCAAUCGCCUCUAGCAAGUCGUGCGAUAAUUUAUGACUUUUACGUAGACGACUUGCUCACCGGAUGCGAGACAGUAAGGGAAACACAGGCAUUAAAGAAACAGCUGACACAAGUUCUAGGGCAAGCAGGGUUUCAGUUACGAAAGUGGGCAUCAAACAAGCCCGAAAUCUUGCAUGAUCGGUCUAGCAUAGAAAAGGAGAUCAAACCUCCCGAAGGGGAUUCCAAAACAUUAGGAUUGAUAUGGCUUUCCGAACCAGACGAGCUUCGGUUCUCGGUCAGAGAGCCAAUCUAUACUCGCAUCACUAAACGCACCAUACUUUCUGAAAUCGCUCAGGUGUUCGAUCCACUCGGCUUAGUCGGUCCCGUAAUUACAAGGGCCAAGAUUUUAAUGCAAACCUUGUGGCAGCUGCAAUUAGGUUGGGAUGAAAGUGUAGAUCAAGAUCUUGAUGCCCAAUGGUCAAGGUUUCGUACAGAAUUGAACCAGGUCAAGACAUUAGAAAUACCGCGCCGUGUAAUAUGCGAUAACGCAAGGGCAGUAGAACUGCACGGGUUUUCGGACGCGUCGGAAAAGGCCUACGGUGCGUGCAUCUACCUGCGGUCGCUCGACGAGACCGGCAGGUACACGGUGCGAUUGCUUUGUGCCAAAUCUCGAGUCGCUCCUUUGAAAACAACCACCCUUCCGCGGCUAGAAUUAUGCGGUGCCCUUUUGCUAGCCCAAUUAGUCAAACGAAUCCGAUACGCGUUACAGUUAGCAUUCAAGUGCGAACAUUACUGGUCAGACUCCACAAUUGCUCUAGCCUGGAUCAGAGGUCAACCAAACCGUUGGAAGACCUUCGUGGCGAACCGCGUGUCAGAAAUUCGACAAUCUACGUCAGUAGAAAACUGGCACCACGUGGCUUCGGAAGACAACCCUGCCGACGUGAUUUCACGAGGCACCGACCCCACAACGUUAAGGCGUACAGACCUGUGGUGGUCUGGCCCAUCGUGGCUAUUACAAGAACAGCACGAAUGGCCCUCAAUCGAGACAAUCCCAGACACAAUGCCGGAAGAGAUCAACCACGUUCGUAGUCAUGUCGCAACACCUAAUUGCCCGACGGACAUCCUUUGCCGUUUUUCAUCCUACUCUAGGCUUGUUAGAAUUGUAGCGUACUGUAGGAAGUUCGUAGAUCGGCUGAAAUCCAAAACGCGGGAGAACAGUCAAACCCUCGCCGUGCAACCUAACGCCACAAAUUCAUGGCAAUCAUUUUUAACAGCACGCGAAUUAGCUCGGCCCGAAGAGACAAUAAUCAAACUCGUACAGCAAGAGUGCUUCGGCAAGGAAAUCAGCGAUCUACAAGCAGCUAACCCGCUAGCACAAACCAGCAAAUUAGCCUCGCUGAAUCCGUUCCUGGACUCAAAGGGUUUGCUCAGGGUGGGCGGGAGACUCCGAAACGCUUCUAUAGUUUAUAAUCAGAAACACCCAUUGAUUCUACCCUCGGACCACCCAUUGACGAAUUUAGUGGUGACCUAUGAACACUGUCGAUUGCUCCACGCAGGGUGUCAGCUCACCAGCGCAUCGUUGCGCAAUCGGUUUUGGAUACUAGCUUGCAAGCGCGUGGUUAAGAAAAUAAUACACAGAUGCAUUCGUUGCUUCCGAACAAAACCGACCGGCAUAAAUCCGAUCAUGGGAGACUUGCCUGCAACUCGGGUGACUCCUGCUCGACCGUUUGCUACCUGCGGAAUCGAUUAUGCCGGUCCGUUAUUAAUUAGGGAACGCGGGCGUGCUCGCACCGCACACAAGGCCUACAUUUGUAUAUUUGUAUGUUUCGUCACCAAGGCUGUACACAUAGAAUUAGCAACAGACUUGAGCACUAACGCCUUCCUGAAUUGCCUCAAUCGGUUUAUAGCUCGUAGGGGACGGAGUCACUGUAUCUACUCAGACAACGGUAGAAAUUUCAUUGGAGCACGCAACAAUCUUAAUGAAUUAGGAGUGUUACUAAAUAGUAAGGAACACCACGCAAAGGUAGGAAAUUUACUAGCACAGGAGCAGAUACAGUGGCACCUGAUCCCGCCACAUGCGCCGCACUUUGGGGGUCUAUGGGAGAGUGCUGUCAAAUCAGCGAAACACCACGUCAAAAGAAUAAUAGGGGAACAGCGCCUCACGUACGAAGAGCUGUACACAAUACUAGCACAGAUCGAAGCAUGCUUGAAUUCCCGCCCUCUUCAUCCUCUUUCGUCAGAUCCCAAUGAUCUCACUCCUCUCACUCCUGGACAUUUUUUAAUCGGAGAUGCACUAACCGCCCUGCCGCAACAGGAUUUAUUGCAUCUAAAACAAAAUCGACUAAACCGGCAUCAGUUAGUCCAACAGAUGCUGCAACAUUUCUGGAAGCGUUGGCAGCAGGAGUAUUUACACCAUCUCCAGCAACGUCAAAAAUGGAGGCUUCAUUCACCAACCAUAGUGAAGAUAGGUGCCCUAGUCGUCAUACGAGAAGACAACAUCCCACCAUUACGUUGGCGUCUUGGGAGAAUUACCGAGCUCCAACCAGGCACUGAUGGGAUAAUCCGGGUGGUGUCCAUCAAGGUGUCUGAUGGCAUUAUCAAGAGGCCGGUGACAAGAAUCUGCCUCUUGCCGCUGUCAGAGGAAGAAGACGCUGCGGAAAAUACCCCCGGCUCACAACCGAACGUAGAGUAA